GAGUGCCCAGCUGGCACCAGCACCUCCCAGGCGCCCGGCAGCCUCGCGGGCAGGCGCGUCUUGCCUGGCGCGGUGGCCGCCCAUGCGCUCCCGGUGCUCCAGGUCGUGGGCGGCUCGAUCGUGUUUCUGUCGUCCCCCGCGGGGCUGGCUGUGGUGAACCGCGCCCUGACGGGGUUCUGUCUGACCUGGCGCCACCGCUUCCAAGGGGGUCGUCAGCGCCCGGUGGUGCUGGCAGUCGUGAGAGCUAUGGAGUCGGCUAACUGCGGCACGAUGUGCGACGUGCCGCUCGAG